AUGAAUAUAUUGUCCAACCCCCUCUAUCGCCCACUUCUUGAGGCCUUGCGGUCCUCCAGAAACGGUAUUGUGUAUGGCGGUAAGCUAAGGUUCUCCCAUGCCUUGGUAAUCAACAUGUUAUAUCGCUCUGGCCCUUUGGGCCCACGUCUCAAGCAGGUCUUGAACGCUACAAAACAACACACCAUAGUCUUGGCUUCCUUUGCCUUCUUGUACAAGACAAUCGUGAGUAUCUUAAAGCAGGAUAAGCUUUUGGGUGACAACAUUGGCCUUAUUAAGUUCAUCGCCGGCGCCAUUGGUGGCUGGGUUGUUUACUCUCAGCAUUUUGGGGUGUUUAACCCUGGCAUCACCCAUCAAAUUACCUUAUACUGCUAUUCGAGAGUAACAUUGGCUUUGGGUAAGAUCCUUGUUGAUAUUCUCUUGAACUGUCGCCAGCCCAAAUUGAGAAUUAGAGGUGAGGAUGUCUUGUGGAAGGACUUGACCGAAUCUCAAACAAGGAGGUUUAAAGCCAAAAUUUACAAUAAGUCUUGGAAGUAUUUUGCAGUGCUCGUUUGGGCGCUCGUUAUGUUCAUUUAUGACUUCCACCCACAAUACUUGCAGUCCUCGUUAAGACACUCCAUGGCCUACAUUUACGACACUGAAAUGGACACCUGGAGCAAUUGGGGAGAGUUCUUUGGUAUAAGCUUGGGCAAUUAA